AUGGCCUCGCUCAUCACGACGGUCAGAAAUAAGUUCUUAAACGCCAUCCGUUCUGUGAAUCCGCCGCAGAAGUGGAAGAUCCUGGUCGUGGACGAGCACUCGCAGGCGCUGCUUAACCAUGUACUGAAACAGUUUGAUAUUUUGGAAGAGAAUGUCACUCUCAUCGAGUCGAUCACGAACAACCGCGAGCCUCAACCGGGCUUCGACGCGAUCUACAUGGUGAUGCCCACGAACCAGAACGUGGACAGGAUAAUCCGCGAUUUUGCGAACGGGAGACAGCAGUACGCCGGCGCGUGGCUGUUCUUCAUCGACGGAAUGGACGAGCAGCUGUUCGAACGGUUGACGGCGUCGCCAGCUGAGCCAUUCUUGAGGGAAUGCCGAGAGCUAUUCAUCAAUUUCUGGGCGAUAGAGACACGGGCGUACUCGCUCAAGAUGCCAGAGCAGUUCUUCAACUUCUUCGCCCCACCACGCAACGACGGCAGUGCGAAAGGCGUGCGACACAGACUGGAAGAGGACAUUAAAUUCAUCGCCAAAUCCAUCGCCAACGUCUGCAUAACGCUGAACGAGUUCCCCUACAUCCGGUACUACCUCCCCUCGCACCACCCGCCCCUCGGCCCGCUCAAACCACACGAAACGACCCGCACCGCCCCCGCGCCGACAGAAACAGCGACCCGCUGGCGGACGAACCUCGCACGCGGCGAUCAAGCACGACAAUACGAACAAAGCGACUCUGAGUUCCUCCCACGGUUACUGGCUUUCGAAGUGCAGAGGACACUGGAAGAGCACAAGAAGCUCAACUCUGAUUUCCCUGUGAAGGAGGCCGGGAGGACGAGGGCGACGCUCGUGAUCACCGAUCGGUCGAUGGACACGAUCGCGCCGUUCGUGCAUGAGUUUACGUAUCAGGCUAUGGUCAACGACGUGUUGCCCAUCGAGGACGGGACAAAGUACAAGUACAAGUUCCAGACGGGCGCGGGGACGUCGGAGGAUAAGGUCGCCGUGCUGAGCGAUGCGGAUAAUGUGUGGACGGACGUCAGGCAUAUGCAUAUGCGGGAGGCUAUCGAUAAGCUUAUGGCGGACUUCAACAAGUUCAUGCAGGAUAAUGGUGUGUUCAAGGGGGAGGGCGCAGCGAGCUUGAACGAUAUGAAGGACAUGCUUGCGAGUUUACCGCAGUAUCAGGAGCAGCGAGAGAAAUUCUCGCUGCAUCUGAAUAUGGCGCAAGAGUCCAUGGGUCUGUUCGAGAAGGACAAGCUGCCCGUCGUCGCUACAGUCGAACAGAACUGCGCAACGGGCCUCACAGCCGAAGGCAAGACGCCCAAACACCUCGUCGAGGAGAUGGUCCCCCUCCUCGACUCGCGCGACGUCGUCAAUGCGAACAAAGUGCGCAUCAUCGCGCUCUACAUCCAAUACCGCGACGGCGUCCCCGAAGAAGACAAACGACGGCUCUACCAGCACGCUCGCCUAACCCUCGCCGAGCAAGACGCCGUGAACGCCCUCGCCUACCUCGGCGCGCGCAUCACGCGCGGACCCACCGACAAAGACAUCCGCCGCAAACUGCGCGCCAAACCCGCGCAAGACGACGAGUACGAUCUAUCCCGCUUCAAACCCUUACUCCGCACCGUCCUUGAAGACGCCGCCAACAACAAGCUUGAUCAAUCGGUCUUCCCAUAUGUUAAGGACUUCCCGACCGUCGCGCCCGUGGCUGCGGCGAGCAGUUUGAGUUUACGGAGUGGCGGAGGCGGGAGCGGCGCGAGCAGUCCUGCGCCUACGAGUUUGAGGAGUCAGAAGCCGGCUUGGCAUCGAGCUGCGAAGCCGGGGGGCGCGGUGCAGGAGAAUAGGCCGCGGAUGUUGGUGUUCGUUGCGGGCGGGAUGACGUAUAGCGAGAUGAGGGAGGCGUAUUUGUUGAGUAAUAGUCUGGGGAAGGACAUCUUCAUCGGCUCGACGCAUACGACCACACCACGCCAAUUCGUCGACGACCUCAAAGUCCUCGAAAUCGCAGGCACCGGAUCCCGCGCCGCACCAAACGGCCUCAAACCGCCCGCGCCCAACGCGCCCAGACCAUACCAAGAAACCUACGACGAGCGGUACUAUACCCGCGACGCCCCACCACCCGUACGCGUCGCGCCGCCCAUGCAAAGCGCGAAAUCCAACCAGUCGAGCCGGAGUACGGGCGGGAUGAGGCCGCCCGCUAGUCCGCAGGCGCCGCCGAGUCUGAGCGGGAGCACGUUGAGCGUGAACUCGUAUUCGGGAAGUGGCAGCGGGAGUGGUGGCGGGAAGGAGAAGGAGAAGAAGAAGCAUAGGUUUUUGGGGAAGUGGUGA